AUGAAGGAUGGAGGAGAUGACGAGUGGGUCAACCUGCCGAACAAGUGCGAAGUGUGUAAGUUUGUCAGCAUCGAGAUGAAGUCUGCUUUUGACGAAACCGGGAAAACAAAAGAAGUGAUCGACAGAAACUACCGCUUCAUCGACGGCAAAGGCGCAGCGCCGAUCAAAUACGUCAAAUCAGACCUGCGCUUCAUCGAGGUGGUGGAGAAUGUUUGUCAACGUCUGCUGGAGUACAACCUGCACAAGGAGAGAACCGGCUCCAACCGCUUCGCCAAAGGCAUGUCUGAGACCUUCUCCACGCUGCACGGUCUGGUCAACAAAGGCGUGAAUGUGGUGAUGGACAUCCCCUACGAGCUGUGGAACGAGACCUCCGCAGAAGUGGCCGACCUCAAGAAGCAGUGUGACACGCUGGUGGAGCAGUACGAGGAGGUGAUCGAGGACUGGUACAAAGGAGACCAGAGCGAGGACCUGACGACGCUGCUGUGCGCCAAACACGUCUUAAAGGGACAGGACACAUCGUGUCUGGACGAACGGUGGAAGAAGGGCGACCGCGCCGCCAUCGCCGAGGACAAGAAAGUCAAGAAGAGCGGCAAAAAGAAGGUAAAGAAAGACACUGAUGCAGAGGGCAAGAAGAACAAGGACAAAAAGGGGAAGAAAAAGAAGAAGAAGAAGUCCAAAGCUCCAGUGGAAAGCCAGGAUCCAGGGGCCACGCUGGGAGAGGACAUCCAGCCACAGGUGCCUCUGGGCGGGGACAGGACCGAGCUCUGA